CGGAUGCAGCCGUGGAUGGAGGACUGCAGCCCUGGACCCAGUUUCCUGGACACGGAUUAGCGACGGAUUGGCCAUGUCUUCGCUACGUGCUCGACCAUUAUCCGAGAUUUCUGUGACAGGUAUAAAUUUUCAAUUUUUAACUCAGGAGAGGCAACUAGGAUGUCGACGCCAAAAGUAGGGAAAGUGCACUGGACUUGCCUCUAUGUACAUCAGUUAUGGCCCUGGAUUUUAGCUGGAUGCGGGAACGGAUGCAGGUGAUACAGGAACCUAUCGGUACUCUUGCCGUUAGAGAUUUCUUAUAUCAAAGGAGGAUGUUCAAAUCAUGUCAAAUGUCAAGGGAGUCAAAAGUGACUGAACGACGAACUUUAAAUGAACAAGAUACGGCGAAUUAGUAGCCGGUUCGCUUUCUCUUAUAACAUAUCAUAUCAGUUACCAGGUUAUAGGUUAUAAAUAUACAAGUUAGUAACAAACUUUAAAAAAAGAUUUCAGAGACACAGGCUGCAGAAGUUUAUGUAUAUGAAAAGUGUCCAGUAUUGCAUACGUUGCUAAGGCCCCUGAAGGAUAGGCUACGAAAUAGCUAGGUACUGUGGCAUGGCUAAAAGUUAGAUUAGAACGUAAAAACAGUUUUGAACCAAAACAAAAAAUAUUACAACAACAGCGCUUUAGCUGGGGUUAAGACUCGGCAUUUAUUUUGGCACGAUUCACAUACCACAUGUAAAGCAAAUAAUAGAUCCAUGUAAACAAAUUAUGCAUGUUCAAGCCAGCUCGAACUAGUUGCCACCUCGUGGUGCUGAACCCAGCAAUUGCCUGAAUGAUCGUGUGGGUUAACGGAUCGCUCACUAGGGGACGCUAGGGUGAACGCUAGGGUUCGGCGAUGGAGCGAUAAAAAACAUGGCCAAAUAAGGCAUUCGGUUUAGGGGUAAUGCGUGCAGAACAUUCACAAGGACGACUGUUGCACAAGCAGGAGUUGAGGACAGUUGCGAUCGAGAAACAGCCAGAGCAGAACCCAUUUUUGAACCCAACCUAACGCAUGCUUACUUUAGCAUUAUAAUUGCGACAAUUGCUAAAUAAAAGGAAGCUUGCGUUCGAAAAUUUCUGCUUGCAAAAUUCGAUUGAGAAAAGGGAACUUUUCUCAACAUUCAAAAUUUGAUAAACAAUAAACCCUUGUGUUCUAGAAAACUCCUCGCACGUUUCUUGGAACAUUUAUUUUUAUUUUUUUUUUAUUCAUAAAGAACGGCUUGGCCGUAUUGCUCGUGGAACAUUUAUGAUGUCGGAAAAAAGUCGUGAUUGCAAUGCCUGCGAUCAGUCGAACACCGUGGACGAUAUGGUACAAUGCGACAAGCGCGAUAAGUGGUACUGCUACGAGUCGCGAAAAAAAGUGGAACUGUGUGUAUGAUGGCUAUGAAAAGCGAAGAAAGUGAAAAGAUGUGUCCAGAUCACAGAAAAGGAGUCAACGUGACGCUCGGGAAAAUACUUAUAUAUCUAGAUGAAGCGUAUAUAGUAUCUAUACACAUAUUAUACUAUAUCACUGUGUAUAGCAACACUUUAUUUUUACACAAAUCCAACACCUUUUAGUCCUGUUUCAGAAACAUAUUUAAGAUACUGGACCGGUACAUUCGUUUCAGAAAACUUAUUACUCCCUAGUCCAUAUGGUCCCCAGUAUCAGGGCUAAAGUCUGAAAUAAGGACCCCCUCCUCUCACGGUCACUCAUCUGCGUGUCAAUUUUUCGUACAGGGUGGUUCGCAGAUUAUGGAAUGUGGCCUGAUUUUGAUUUUUUUUACAAUUACGAUUAAAUUGUAAGGAGGUUUUCGCGUAGUGAAAAGUGAUUUAUUCAUCGAGGAACCAAGUUCCAUGCCCUGUUUGUGAAUUCGUAAAAUUUUCCUCAUUUUUGGCCCAACUUGGCCCCAUAAUUCGGUCGGUAUCCAACGGAUCGGCAAUCUGUCUUCUGAUUUGGCUAAAUGGCACUUGUGCCUACAUUUCGUCCAUGCACCACUAAUCGUUAUCAUGUCUCUUGCCAAAGCUAUUAGCGAAAGCAAUUGUUGCAUUUUUUCGGGUUUUUGGUGCAAUUUUCCUCAUUUUUGGCCCAACUUUGCUCCAUAACUCGGGCGGUAUCCAACCGAUCGCCAAUCUUUGACCUGUGGUCGAUAGAUGGCACCAAUUGCUACAUUUUCUUCUUCGACGGCCAUGCCCUCAGGUGUCUGUGUCUCGAAACAUAAUAAUAUCUUAAACUUGUACCUUGAAGAAAGAUGUACGUCAAUUUCGGAUCAGGCUGUACAUACAUGCUGAAAUGAGCAUCAGCGCUAUAACACAUUACACCCAUGCUAACCAAAUCCAACUUGUACAAAGUUGGUGUGGCAAAUUGCCAGAUAUGGAAGCAAGAAAACAUUUAGGUUUGACGUAGCGAUAUUGUGACGCAAAUAACUGUUCUGUUGAUUCAGCUGGAAAAAAGUCUAUUUUAUUGAAGCUAUAGAGUCUCUCUCUCUUUCCCUUCUUGGCCUGUUGUGGGUUGAACACGUCAUGAGGACAUGGUCAGGUUGCCAAUCUGUUUCCAGGAAACUUGGUCUAGGGUUGCUGUCCGACAGGUGUCUCUAGACAACUAGAAAGAAUUUCGUUAGAUACAUUGAUUUGAAAUAAUUCGAAAUAAAUUAAAACCCAUUAAAUUGGAAUAGACAUUGAUUCUUAAUUUAGUUAAUUUAAUUUCUUUUCUCAAUACAAAGACUGCCUAUUCUGCUGCUAAAUCUUAAUACGACCUGGCGGUACAAUAUCGAAUGAUGAACGAUUGCAUGCUUUCAAGCGAUUGCAUCCCAAUUUUUUCCCAGGGGUUGCCGGCGUGGGUGCACGUAUUAGCGGUCUUGGAACCGGAGCACCACAUGCAAAAUCACCAGGAUUCCUAGGAUAUAACGAAAUAUGUGAAGCCUCAUGGUCUCAGAAGCAAUUCGAUUCGGCCCAGGGUGCGGCUUACGCUUCCGGCAACAGUGAGUGGGUCAGCUAUGAUAGAGUGCAAAUUAUUAAACAAAAGUGUGACCUGAUUUCAAAAUAUAUGUGCAUAUGUGGUCUCAAAUUUAAUCUACUGAGAUCCCUAAAAGAAUGUGUGAACGGUUAUAAGCCGUUCGUCUGCAUCAGUGAUGGCUUUAACCGGGAUCCGCAUGACUGCAAUAAGUAUUAUCGAUGCUAUCAGGGUAUCAAAUAUUUCUUUAGUUGCCCAACCGAAUUGUACUUCGACGAAAAGAUCCUCGGCUGCGAGUUGCCUUAUAAUGUGAAAUGUUAAUGUAUUGAAGAAAUCAGUCUGUAAUGAUUUUUUGUGAAAAAUAUAACAACAGUAGAUUAACUAAAUCACUAAAUCACAAUCAAUUGUUUAAAAUGUAGGAAAGGGAGUUGAUUGUCCUUGAAGCAAAUACUGGGCGACGGCAAUCAAAGAAACAACGUGACGCACGUGUAUAGAGAUUGGAUUAGGUACAAUCAACGUUUGUACAGUUGGAACAUAUGGCACCAUAUAUGUUUUUUUUAUAUUCAUCAUCGUACUUUUGGGUGAGGUAUAAAAGAAGCUUGCAAAUCGCUCCAUUAGCAAGGUACAUCAGCUAUCUCAGACUUGGCAAGUUCGUGGUGGUUAGUUCAAUCAAAAUGGUUCAUUCCAUAACUUUGUGGAGUUUGGUACUUGUGGCCGUGGGCAGUCUUAUUGGAGCGAUCGAAAGCAAGGAAGUUGUUUGUAACUACGGUUCAUGGGGAUCUCUUCGGCCUGGAAAUGGAAAGUUCACUGUCGAUGACAUUGAUCCAUUCCUAUGCACCCAGCUAAUCUAUGACUUUUUCGACAUCAAUCCGAAUGGUACGAUAAAGAUAACGGAAACUAACCUGGACCUACCGACCAAACUCAAUACGAUCGAGAAGUUUAACAAUCUGAAGCAGAAAAACCCUGCCCUGAAGACAUUGGCCGCCAUUGGAGGUUGGCAUGCAGGUCCAGCUAAUUUUAAGACGGUCGCCGCUAGUCCUCAGCUGCGUUCCAGCUUCGCGACGGACGCCGUGUCGUUCUUAAAGCAAUACCGAUUUGAUGGUUUGAACAUUGAUUGGGAAUUUCCCGCGCUCGCAGACAAGGUAAACUAUGUGCUAUUUCUCAAGGAACUUGCAAACGCUUUUGCACCGUACAACUACAUGCUAACGGUUUCUGUGGCGGCCCCAGAAUUGGAUGCCAGCAAUGCUUACGACAUUCCUGCCAUCUCCGACAUCGUCGACAAUAUAAACUUAAUGGCGUACAAUAUGCAAGGUAGUUACGGAGUCACAAGAUAUCAAGCUCCACUCUUCCAAGGAUCGGCCUCAAUUGAUGAUACGGAUUACAAGCGGCAACUCAAUCUGAAUGCCAUCGUAAAGUAUUGGUUGAGCAAGGGUGCUUGGGCAAACAAAUUGACAUUAGGUGUGCCUUUGUAUGGGCGUACGUUCAAAUUGGCCAAUCCUGAGGUUGCCGGUGUGGGUGCACCUAUUACCGGUCUUGGAACAGCAGGACCAUACACAAAAACACCAGGAUUCCUAGGAUAUAACGAAAUAUGUGAAGCCUCAUGGUCUCAGAAGCAAUUCGAUUCGGCACAGGGUGCGGCUUACGCUUCCAACAACGGUGAGUGGGUCAGCUAUGAUACGGUGCAAAGUAUUAAACAAAAGUGUGACCUGAUUUCCAAAUACGGACUUGGUGGAGGUAUGGUAUGGUCUAUUGACACGGACGAUUUCAAGGGCAUAUAUGGUCGCAAGUUUAAUCUGCUGAGAUCCCUAAAAGAAUGUGUGAACGGUUAUAAGCCGUUUGUCUGCACCAGUGAUGGCUUCUUCCGGGAUCCGUACGACUGCAAUAAGUUUUAUCGAUGCUAUCAGGGUACCAAAUAUUUCUUCAGUUGCCCAACCGAAUUGUACUUCGACGAAAAUAUCCCAGGCUGCGAUUGGCCUUAUAAUGUGAAAUGUUAAUGCUUUGAAUAAAAUCACUCUGUAUUGAUUUUUUGUGAAACAUAUAAAAACAGUAGUUUUUUUUUGUUUUCCUAAUCUUGUUUCGCUGUCAAAUUAUUCCUUCGGCUAUAUGUAUGAACUUUUGAAGUCGUCCAAAAUUUCACCUAUCUUGGAUCAAAGGUCAGCACCAAUAACAACACUGAUGUUGAGAUUUCUCGCUAGGGUCCUGACCCCAACCAGUCUUUCUGCAGCCCGAGGACAGCCACGAUUGUCGACGUGUGGAAGUCGAAUGGAAAAUUGAGAAGUUGUGGAUAUUAUUCAAUCGGCCUGAAUGCAGCCCUCCAUCCACACGACUACCCCUUGUCACUCCCGGAGGAUAUCUUCGAAAACUGGGUAAAUCUACUGUUCGACAGCUCGCGACACAACUUUCGGAUCGUUCGGAAUCACUCAUCAGGGCGGAGUUUACAUUAAGACCAAUUUUAUUUCAGGUACUCUAAUGUAAUAGCUAAUUAAUCUAUCCACUAACACUAACUUCGUCUGUACUCUAUAUCCCCUUUGUUGUAUCUUGUAGCAGCUAUUGUUGGCGUCCUGCAACUAAAUUUCUUGCUCUAAACAAGCUUACACGGUUCUCUUAACACGGUAUUCCAAAAAUCGUUCUAAUUUUAUUUUGCUUGCUUAACACUGGCCCUCCUCUCAACGUGGUUCUCGACUAAACUCCUCUGUGGGAUUAGUUUUGCAACCUCGCGCAGUUGCUAACGACGUUGGGUUUGUUAGCGACACUCCACCCGGUGUUUGCUUUCCAAUCACUAUCUAGGUUGUGCGAGACUAGUCAAUGCGGACUAGUUUGACGGUAGGUCUCUCGAUUUUUUUUAACAAUUUAAAGAUUUCAGGUAUUUCCCGAUACAAUCUUUAAUCCCCUUAUUCUUGGCCUUCC